AUGGAGCUGAAACCUCUCUUGAAGAAGCUAGGCUCGAUCCUCCGAGCAAUAUUCACUUUUCUCUUUGCACUGGUGGUCCUCGGUGUGAUGGUGUGGGCCUACGUCGCAGGUUUCCAGCUAGCCACUUCCCCGCACGGAAUCAUCUCCUUCGGCUUUUAUGGCCUCCUGCUCUCUCUCCACGUACUGGUCCAGAGCCUCUUCGCCUUUAUCGAGCAACGGCGGAUGAAGGCUCGCAAAAAACCCUGCACUUUCACCAAGACCAUUGGCUUCACCAUCUCAGCAUUCCAGGAGGACCCCGUCUACCUCAGAGAGUGCCUUGACUCUGUCCGGAACCUCCAGUAUCCGUCCGAACUGCUACGUGUCAUCAUGGUUGUGGAUGGGAACAACGAUGACGACCGCUAUAUGAUGGAGAUGUUCAGGGAGGUGUUUGCAGACCAGGACCCCGCGUGUUACGUCUGGGAGAACAACUACCAUACGUGGGACCCCACUCAGCUGCAACAGGAUGAAGAGACUGGCUCGGUGGGGUCAGCAGAGGACGGGAACAACUAUAUCAUAGGAGAAGACCCUCAACGAAAAGAAGUGGAGCACCUGAUCCAGACAAGGAGCUGUGUUUGCAUUAUGCAGAAGUGGGGAGGCAAGCGGGAAGUGAUGUACACCGCCUUUAAAGCCCUCGGAUCUUCAGUCGACUACAUCCAGGUGUGCGACUCGGACACCAAGCUGGACUCUCGAGCAACAGUGGAGCUGUGCAAGGUGCUGGAGAGUAACCCCAAGUACGGCGCAGUCGGUGGGGACGUCAUGAUCCUUAACAUGAAGGACUCCUACAUAAGCUUCAUGAGCAGUCUUCGCUACUGGAUGGCCUUCAACAUAGAGCGGUCAUGCCAGUCCUUCUUCAACUGUGUCUCAUGCAUUAGUGGACCUUUAGGGCUUUACAGGAAUGAUUUGCUUCAGGCGUUUCUGGAAUCCUGGUACAAUCAGAAAUUUUUGGGUACUCACUGCACCUUUGGAGAUGAUAGACAUCUAACCAACCGUAUGCUCAGCAUGGGAUACGCCACAAAAUACACGUCUCGCUCCAAAUGCUACACGGAGACGCCAGCUCAGUUCCUGCGCUGGCUCAACCAGCAGACCCGCUGGACGAAGUCCUACUUCCGUGAGUGGCUCUUUAACGCCAUGUGGUGGCACAAGCACAACCUGUGGAUGACCUACGAGUCCAUCGUCUCGGGGGUGUUCCCCUUCUUCGUCACAGCUACCAUCAUCCAGCUUUUCUGGACGGGGAGCCUUUGGGACAUCCUGUGGGUUCUGUGCUGCAUCCAGCUGAUCGGACUAGUGAAAGCGACAUACGCUUGCAUCCUGCGCAAGAACGCGGUCAUGGUGUUCAUGUCCCUCUACUCGGCUUUGUACAUGACCAGUCUGCUGCCGGCUAAGUACUUUGCCAUUAUUACCAUGAACAUAAGCAGCUGGGGGACCUCGGGCCGGCGUAAAAUUGUGGGGAACUACAUGCCCCUGCUGCCCCUAUCUGUAUGGGCGGCCAUUUUAUUAUCAGGACUGGGUUACACAAUCUACAGAGAAAGCAAAGAGAACUGGUUUUCCGAAGCGAAGAGAGCAGAAACGGAGUUCCUUGUCUUUGGCUGCGUGACCUACUUGUGUUAUUGGCUAAUUAUGAUGGUUUUAUACUGGGCGUGGUUCCGCGGGUUGUGUCGGGUACGCAGAAAAAGUUACUCGUUGAAUGUGUAG